ACCUAUAUAAAAGCCCACCCUCUACGGAAUCGGCCGUCUCGAGGAACAUUUGGACGUAGUAACAAUGUUUCGUUUGAGUUUAUUGUUCGUGGUCAUCAGUGCCGUUGCCGUAUUCGGUGGAACUCUACCAGCCGAAUAUCUUGAAUGGGAAGGACGGAUUGUUGGUGGUUCGAAUGCAAACGCUGGACAAUUUCCUUACCAGGUUUCUCUUCGUUCUUCGGGCAAUGCGCACUUCUGCGGUGCUUCAGUGAUUAAUAAUCGCUACGUAUUGUCGGCUGCUCAUUGUACCGUUGGACGUACGACUGCCAACACCAGAGUCGUAGUAGGAACUCACCUGUUGAACAGUGGUGGCGUAGCUCACAAUACUGCCCGUAUCGUAAAUCACGGUUCAUACAAUUCCAACACUUUGGCCAACGAUGUGUCGCUAGUGCAGACCUCUACGACUAUCACCAUGAAUAACCUAGUCGCUACUAUUCCUUUGGGAUCUAGUACUAUUAACACAGCCACCAAUGCAGUAGCUUCAGGCUGGGGACAGCUAGGAGCUAAUGUUGGAAUUCCAAACAAUUUGCAGUUUUUGACCACUAACAUCAUCUCGUUGGCGGAUUGUCGUAGUCGGCAUUCGUCAGCAAAUGCGGCCCGUGUCUUCGACAACACUAUCUGUACAUUGAACCCGUCUGGACAGGGCAUGUGCAUGGGCGAUUCCGGUGGUCCUUUGGUGCAUGGUGGCAACCAGCAGGGUAUUGUCUCCUGGGGUAUUCCGUGUGGAACGGCGGCACCUGACGUUUUCGCCCGUGUUUCUUCACACCGUACAUGGAUUUUAAACAAUGCCGUGUAAACUCCAUGGGUUUUGAUAUAAAGAUUAUUACGUUUAAA